AUGUUUGCGCAAUCGGUUAAGCAGUUUCACCAGCCAAUUCUACAGUUCCAACAACAGCGUCAAAUUGUGGGUUUUAUCAGGUCUGUGCUCUGUUUGGAUCCACCUCAAUCUGCUGAUGUUCCAACUGUUGAGAAUAGAUUUCAUCCAUGGGAUUCUUCUCCAUAUCCUGAUUUGAGGACAAGAGCUGCAACGAUUCGAGCAAAGGCCAAAUGCCCCGUCACAAAUUUAGAUAUCAACUACACUUGUCCAAUAUCCGGUAUUCCUACACACCACUCCAGAGAAGCUUGGGAACAAGACACAGAAUACCAUCAAACUAAGAAAUACGAGAUCCUGAAAAAGGUAAACAUUUAUGAGCAUGAUUUAAGAAGCGGUAGACCAUUCCCUGAAUUUGAAUUUCCAACAAAUCAAAGAAGAGAUAACUUGGUCAAUUUUGCCAACUGGGAUACUUUCUUUUAUACAAGAGGGUUUGUAUCCAUGGACACUGAAUUUCAAUUGGCAGUUGUCACCAAGAUGUUAAGUUUCCCUUUGUCUAUAGCAUCCAUUGUCCAUCAAUAUUCGCCAUAUUUUUUGAAGCCUAAGGGACCUGUCAGUGUUGAAGGUUUGAAAUCUUUAGCUGCUUUGAGAUACUCACUUUACCCCCAGCUCAGGCUAUCCACUUAUAGGGAUAGACCUAUGAGAAUUUUCUUGCUUAAUGCAAGGUCAGAGUCUUUAUUACCAGCUCACGUUUGGAAAGAACUCACUUAUCUAUUCCCCGGUGUUACUUUUGAAUUGCACUUUGUUGGACCUCAAUCCUACUUUGAUAGAGAAAAGCAACAAUACCUGGUGAGUGAUAGACCGAUCAUAAAAAGACUAGAUGACACCCUCUGUUUUGUGUACCAUACGCAUGAUUUCAACGUUUUGCAUGAAGCUGGUGACUUGUUUCCAUACGAUCCCUAUUUAGAUAUGUUUAUUGCCUACCAUCCGCAAAUGACUGAAAAGAAUUCCGUAGAAAUGUGGAGCAAGUCAAUCAAGGGAUUACUUGAAUCAAAGUGUCCAGUUGUGGUUACUGGCUAUCAUGAAGAAAACUUGAACAAAAACUUUGAUUAUAUCAUGGAAAACUUUAAAGACGACUUGGAUCUAAUAUUUGAUAAAACCCAAAACAUAUAUGGCUCAACAAAGUGGGAAUUGAAUGAUUUGAACCCACAAGAAGUAUUUCAAUAUAAUCAGCGUAUCUUCGCUAUCAGAGGAAAGAGAUACCAUGCUGUCAAUACUUAA